UUGGCGGCGACCGCGGGCGGGAGGCCCCGACCCGCCGGGAACCGGCACCGGGAACCGGACACUGAGAGCCAGGAACCGGCACCGGGAACCGGCUCCGAGAGACGGGAACCGGACACUGAGAGCCGGGAACCGGCACCGAGAGACGGGAACCGGCACCGGGAACCCGACACCGACAGCCGGGAACCGGCACCGCCAACCAUACAUUGAGAAUCGGGAACCGGAACUGGUAACUGGACACUGGGAACCGGACACCGAGAAUCGGACACUGGGAACCGGCAUCGGGAAUCGGUAAACAGACACCGGGAACCGGGCACCGGACACUGGACAUCGGGAAACGGCACCGGGAAACGGGAAGCGGGAACCGAACAUCGGACACCAGGACUGGCACUGGCCAUCGAAGACCGAACACCGGACAUCGUCACCGAGCACAGGCAUCGGGGAGCGGGCGCUGGUAGCGCUGCGGGACCCGCCGGGCAGGGAGCGGCACCGGGGGAAGCGGGACCCUCCGCCUGGCCCCGCCCCUCCAGCCCCGCCCCGCCCCGUCCCGCCGGGAGCACCGGAGAAUCCCCGCUCCCGGCGCCGCUCUCCCCGAGGCAGGCUGCAGAGAUGGACACCUUCAGCACCAAGAACUUGGCCCUGCAGGCCCAGAAGAAGCUCCUGAGCAAAAUGGCCACCAAGACCAUCGCCAACGCCUUCAUCGACGACACCAGCAGCGAGAUCCUGGACGAGCUGUACCGGGCCACCAAGGAGUACACCCACAACCGCAAAGAGGCCCAGAAGAUCAUCAAGAACCUCAUCAAGAUCGUGAUGAAGCUGGGCGUUCUCUACCGCAAUGGGCAGUUCAGCGCCGAGGAGCUGCUGCUCAUGGAGCGGUUCCGCAAGAAGGUUCACACCUUGGCCAUGACGGCCGUCAGCUUCCACCAGAUAGACUUCACCUUCGACCGCAGGGUCAUGUCCGGCGUCCUGACCGAGUGCCGGGACCUGCUGCACCAGGCGGUCAACGGGCACCUGACGGCCAAGUCGCACUCGCGCAUCAACCACGUCUUCAACCACUUCGCGGACUACGAGUUCCUGUCGGCGCUCUACGGCCCGGCCGAGCCCUACCGCACCCACCUCAAGAGGAUCUGCGAGGGGGUCAACAAGAUGCUGGAGGAGGACAGCAUCUGAGGGGGCUGCUGGCAGCGGGGCUCUGCCCCCCGCGAGGCCGAGGAUGCGAUGUCGGCUUUGGCCUUCGCCGGGCUGGCCGUCCCCUCCUCCUCCUCCUCCUCCUCCUCCGCAGUGCUCGCUUGUGUUCUUGUUUCUCCAAGAGAAUGAACCUCUUGACUGUGUCUCCCCCUCGCCCAGGGUCUGCAAACCCCUCCCUGCGCUGGGCUGAGCCUCUCCAGGGCAUCCUGGGACCCUGCUGUACAGUUUGAUUUCCUUGCCCACCAAGUGCCUUCAGCUCAGAGUCCAAGGAUUUGGGCUCUGUGCCUUGAACUCUGUCGUAACCCUCUGUGGGGAAACUGAACCAAAGACUCGUGGUGUGAAGCACCUCUGAGGUGUCUCUGAGCAGGUGGGACGGUGUUGGGGGACAGUUCUGAGAGCCCCCCACUGGAGGGCUGUGGGACGCCGUGGUUUUCUUCCAGCAGCUCCACAACGUGGAGGGAGCAAAUCAUGGUCCGGACUUGCGCUGCCUCAGGCAGGAAGGUGCUUCUGCCUGGGCUUAGGUGUCCUCAAAGACAAGUCCCUGAGGUCAGGAGGAUCCCUCCUCACCUGGGGGAGGGCUGGGAGGGAGCUGGGGGAGCUGCUCCAUCCCUGGAUCCCUGGAGCCACCCAACUGCCCACCAGCCUCCAGUGGUGGUGCCACCUGGCAGCUUUGGUGGUCAUCCAAAGCUCCCCUGGGAUUUCAUCCCUUUUCCACGCCCUUGACUGAGUGAUACUCAUUUUUAGCAAACUCUGUAGCCCUGAUGAGUUAUUUAAAUAAACUCACUGUGU